AUGUAUAACUCCUCUCCGAGCGCUCCCAGCUUCCCGUCGGCGGAUCGGGACGACCGGAAUGUGUCGGACGCGGAUAACGGCUCGUGCACGGAGCGUCCGCUCGAGUUCCUGCCGCCGGCGCGCGUGGCUGUGGGCCUGGCUCUGGCCGCGGUGACGGUGGUGACGGUGAUCGGGAACGUGCUGGUGGUGGUGGCGGUGUGCGUGGUGAAGAAGCUCCGACAGCCGUCCAACUACCUGCUGGUGUCUCUAGCCGCCGCCGACCUGUCCGUCGCCGUGGGGGUCAUGCCUUUCGCCAUGGCUACCGACCUGACCGGCGGGAAGUGGCUGUUCGGGGAGGCUUUCUGUAACGUCUUCAUCGGCAUGGACGUCAUGUGUUGCACCGCCAGCAUCAUGACCUUGUGCGUCAUCAGCGUGGACAGGUACCUCGGCAUCACGCGACCGCUGACCUACCCGGCACGUCAGAACGGCCAGCUGAUGGCGAAGAUGAUCUUCGGCGUGUGGUUGGUGUCGGCCUCCAUCACCCUGCCGCCGUUCUGCGGCUGGGCCAAGAACGUCAACGAGGACGGCGUGUGCCUGAUCAGCCAAGACUUCAGCUACACCAUCUACUCCACCGCCGUGGCCUUCUACAUCCCCAUGAUCGUCAUGCUCUUCAUGUACUACAAGAUCUUCAAGGCGGCCAGGAAGAGCGGCGCCAAGCACCGUUUCGAGUCGGUCCGGAUGCAGGGGCUGAAAAACCAGCAGCACCAGGUGGGCAACGAGUGCGUGGCUCUGUCUCGGCUCCUCAGCCCCCAGCGCCAGAACAUAUCAAUUUUCAAGCGGGAGCAGAAAGCCGCCACCACGCUAGGCGUCAUCCUUGGCGUCUUUUUCAUCUGCUGGUUGCCGUUCUUCAUCCUCUCCACGGCGAGGCCGUUUAUAUGCGGCGUGGAGUGCAGCUGCAUCCCCAUCUGGAUCGAGAGGACGCUGCUGUGGUUUGGUUACGCCAACUCGCUCGUCAACCCCUUCAUUUACGCCUUCUUUAACCGCGACCUGCGCUCCACCUACUGGGAUUUAUUGCGCUGCCGAUACCGAAACAUCAACCGAAGACUCUCGGCCGUGGGCGUACACGAGGCUUUGAAAUGUUAA